CUUUAUAAAGGCGGGAACAGCUGAAAGGGUGGCAACUUUUCUUCCUGCAGCCGGGAGCGGCCCGCCUGCGUGCCCGCAGCCUCCCCCGCUGCCUCCCUAGGGCUCCCCUCUGGCCGCCAGUACCAUUUUUGAUUCCCGAGGUAGAGAUAUUUUGCGCGCACACACAUACAUACACGCGCAAAAAGAAAAAAAAAAAGCCCACCCUCAAGCCUCGUUGCAAAGAGAAAACCGGAGCAGCCGCAGCUCGCAACCCGCAGAGGACGCCCAGAGCGGCGAGCCAGCAGGCAGGCAGACGGACCGACGGACUCCCGCCGCGUCCACCUGUCGGCCGAACCCGGCCAAGGGCAGAGUGGGCAUGCCGCGUGCGCGCGCGGAGCAGCCGUGCCCGCCGACCGGGGACCCGCGCCAGGGUGCACACGCUCCCGCCCCCCCACCCGACCCGGGCGGGAGUUUGCACCUCUCCCUGCCCGGGUACUCGAGCCGCCAGUUGCAAAGCCAACUUUGGAAAAAGUUUUUUGGGGGAGACUUGGGCCUUGAGGUGUCCAGCCCUGCGCUUUCCUAUUUUUGGGGCCUUUUCAGAAAAUGUUGCAAAAAUGCUAAGCCGGCGGGCAGAGGAAAACGCCUUUAGCCUGCGAGUGAAGACGAACCAUCGACUGCCGUGUUCCUUUUCCUCUUGGAGGUUGGAGUCCCCUGGGCGCCCCCACACGGCUAGACGCCUCGGUAUGUUCGCGAUGCAGCGCCCCCCUCACUCGGGCUCGGGAUCCGCCCAGGUAGCGGCCUCAGACCCAGGUCCUGUGCCCAGGUCCUCCCCUGCCCCCCAGCAACCGAGCCGAGGAGGGGGGGCAGCGGCGCCCGGGGGCCGUGUGGGUGAGCCGCAGCUGCAGCGGCCUGAGCGCCUGAUCGCCGAGGACCCGAGCCGAGCCCACCCCCCUCCCCAGCCACCCCCACCCUGGCCCUGGGGGCGGCGCGCUCGCUUUAUGUGUCCCGGGCCCCGCGGGGCCGGGCCCGGAGUCGGCAUCGCUGCUGGGAGCUCUUCCUGUCUCUCUGCUGCUACCUGCGUCUGGUCAGCGCCGAGUGAACUUUGGACCCUUGCAGCCCGGGAGCCUGAAGCCCGGUGCUGGGUGACCACCUCGGGCUGGGAGCGAGGUCCGCGGGUGACAGGCUCUAAGGGACGGCAACAGCGGUGGCUUUCUUUCCAACCGGCGGGCGAACCUGGCUCCCUAAGCCGUUCCGCGUCGGGGGAGGGUGUGUGUCGCCCUGCCCCCCACCCCUCGGGAACCCGAGAACAAGCCAGUUCCAGGCCAGGGAAGAGGGGGUGGGGUGGCGCCCCGGGUGCGGAAGGCAGCGCGUCCUCCCGAACCCACUUCGGCACCAGCCUCGGCUUAGGCUCUGUCCUGCCACCGGCUUGCCCAGGAGGUGCAAGCUUGUCCACCAGUGCCAUCCACGCCGAUCUCUGGCGGGGUUCGGGUCCCACCCUGGCUCCCGGUGGGGGUCCGAGUGGGCGCCCUCCGGCACGCGCAGGACAUGCCCGGCCCCAAAGCACUGUCUAGAAGCAGCUUGUGUCUCGGGCGCGGGGACUGGGGGGUGGGUAACGGAGAGAGAGCUAGAGGGCGAGACGGGGGGACAGAGGCGCAGGUAGGUUUCGGGCACUCGGAUAGGGGAAGAACUGAAGGAAUAGGGGGCUAUGAAGGAAUCCAGCCCCCCCGGGGCGCUGUGUGCCUGAGGCCUCGCCGUACCUGUGCCCCCGCCCUAGAGAGGAAGCACCUCUCUCCCUCGCAUGCAGGGUGCGGAGCGCGCCGCCCGCAAAAGCCUAGCUGCACAGGAGAUAGGGUAUAAAAAAAUCUGCGGGAGCGCUGGCGUCGGAGCCGUCCCCUCCCAGCCUCACAGAGCGAUAACUCCAAAAACAGAUUCCCCAAGCCAAAGCGCAUGAACGGGUGUGUGCAGCCAGACCACAGCAGCAGAACAUGCCAACAGCAGAGUAUCUGUGCCCCACAACCUUGCCCACAGUUAGCUUUUACAGAUUUUUGUUUUUUGCCCAGGCACAGCAGCUAACACCUGUAAUCCCAGUCCUUUGGGAGGCCGAGGCUGUCAAGAUCACGAGGUCAGGAGUUCGAGACCACCCUGACCAACUCAGUGAACCACUGUCUCUACGAAAAAUACAAAAAUUAGCCAGGCAUGGGGACACACACCUAUAAUCCCAGCUACUCGUGAGGCUGAGGCAGGAGAAUCACCUGAACCCAGGAGGCAGAGGUUGUGGUAACACAAGAUUGCGCCACUGCACUCCAGCCUGGGCAAAAGAGCAAGACUACUAUUUUAAAUCUAGGGUUAUUCUUGCUACAUGAGAUGACAUAUCAGAGCUGUUUUUAUGUGUUCAUUGUUCUUCAAUUAUUGGUGAGGUGAAAAUUUCCAAGUAUGUAUCCCACACUCUAGGCUGCUUCUCGGAACCAUCACGCCGGAGCCCAGAAGGCUGGAGCGUCAGGACGCGGCUGAUGCUGGAGUCUGCACUGGGUGAGGCCUUCUGAACUCCCCCAUGCCUGGGCCUGCACUUGCCUGUUUGCUUCUGCGUUUCAUGUACUCAGCCAUGCACCGUUCUGCAAGUUUGCUGUUGGACUAUUGUUUCCACUCACCUCUGAGCCUGUGUCUCCAUCAGUGAGAUUGGACUGGAAGCACCCAAAACCUCCCCAAGAGGCACCACCCUGCCAGGUUCCUGCCCCAGUGCCCUCGCAUGUAGCUGGCUCAGCUGGGCACCGCCCGCCCUCACCCGCCACUUCUGCAGCUGCUCGAUGGCUUCAUCCCGGUUUUUGUUGGCCGAGUCGAUGUCCAUCUCCAGCUUCUUCCGGGCGGCCACUGCCAUGGAGUGCCGCUUCCUCUCGUCCUCCAGCUCUGCCUCCAUCUCCCGCAACUGGAGGAAGGAACGCCGACAGCUUGGAAAGCUGGACCCACUCAGAGACCCUGCUCUGGCUCUGAACGCAGGUGCCUCUGCAGGAUCUGAGGGGCCUCCGGAAGCCAGUGGCGAUUACUGACUCGAAGAACUCUAAGAAGGUCCCGCUCGAACUGGAUCUUCAUGGCCUGCAGGUUGACCUCCAGCCGCAGAUUGGCGUUUUCAGUGUCCUGCAGCUCAUCCUCCAGCUCCUCCAGCUGGGUCUUCAACUCCUCCACCUGCUGCUCCAGAAGCCGCCUGGACUUCAGCUCAUGGACCUGAGCCCCAGAGAUCCCAAGUCAGGAGCAAAGAGACCGGCAGGGACCUGGGUCUGCUAGACCCGGAACGUGUGUAUGCGUUGACCCUCUGUGAUGACCCCGCUCGGGCCCCUCGCAAGGCCUGGCUGCCGGGCCCGGCACUCACCCUCUUGCCCUUGGAGCUCAUGAGGUCCUCCAUCUCCACACGGAACUGCUUGUUGAGCCGCUCCGGCUCCACUUUCUGCUCCAUGGCUUCCUCCAGGGCCCGGGCCAGCGACAGCACCUUGGUCUCCUUCUCUCCGGCCUCGGCCUUGGCCCGGUCACGCUCCUCUGCAUACUUGGCAGAGAUGGUCUUCUCCUCUGCCAGGAGCUGGGAAAGAGGGGCACCAUGAGGCUCAGCCCCACAGGCUCCCAGCUACAGCCCCCAGCAGGGCAGAGCAGCUGGACCCAGGCUAAUUUUUGUAUUCUUAGUAGAGAUGGGGUUUCACCAUGUUGGCCAGGCUGCUCUCGAACUCUUGACCUGGUGAUCUGCCCACCUCGGCUUCCCAAAGUUCUGGGCUUAUAGGCAUAUAAGCCCAUGCCUAGUCAAGAGUGCAUGCUUUAGAGUAUACAGGCCCCACAGUCUCUGCAGUAACUCAACCCCACUACCACAGCGCAACAACCAGAGAUGACACAAGAAUGACACAGUGUGUGUGUGCAUUCGGUCCAGCUUUGGUUCCCCAAAACGCAGCGAGCUGGACCCGGCCGCCGCAGUUCCAUGCUCGAUGUCUAUCCCGCCCCGGUGUUCACAUCUCUCUCAGCUUCCCGCAGAUCUUUUGGAAUAAGGAAGCAAUAUGAAUGCACAAAUAAAUGAUGUAAAUGGCAAGAAAACCAGUUCAUUAUAGAAAAUCUGAAAAAAAACAUGAAAACCCAGAAAGGAAAAGUUCCUCCUCAACCCACUGCAUGAAGACACCCUCUUCCGCUGGCCUUCUCCCCCAGCCCCUCAACAAGCCAGAGACUAAGGGUCCUCUAAGGGCUGGCCCCACAUGACCCCUCCUGGGCAAGGUCCGGAGGGAGCCCAGGCUUUCUCUGAUGAGGCCCCCACCUUGGGCUGAGUGCCGGAAGGAGAGAAAAUGCAAAGGAUGGGGUGGAUGGCUACACACCUGGUCAAACUUCUGCUGCAGCUUCUCCAGGUGGCACGCCAUCUGGCGCUGGUGGUCCAGGACCACGAGCAGGUCGUCCCGCUCCUGCUGGGCCUGGCGCUUGGCACACUCCGCGGCUGCCAGUUCCUGCCACAAAGAUCCAGAAUGUGACCUGAAGGCAGCCACAGCCCCACAAGACCAUCCUUCCCAGCCCUGGGCACCCUCCUCUCAAGCCCUUCCCCAGCCCCACUUCCCCAGAAAGCUCUUCCUCCACGAUUCCUCUAGCUCACAGGGCUGGUGGCCCCCUAAAGUCAUAGCUUAAAAGCAUUGUAUGUUUAUAAAACUCAACUACAUUUAAGUGCUAGGAAUCAAGCCAGGUGCCAGGGUGUGUUGAUGACUAACAAGUGUCCUGGCCUAACCAGGGCAGACCACAUGGACAGAGCCGCUCACUAUUGCCCCGGCCCUGUUCUGGGUAGCCAGAGCCCAGAGUCAGCUCCGGAGCCUGCAGGCAGGAGACGGCUGUACCCUGGACGCACUCACACCCGGCAAGUUACGCUGCAGGGCACCCUCUAGACCCAGGGAACACUUCAGGACUGGCUCAGGUGCGACACGGACAGGGCAGCCACGGGAAUGCUGAGAACCUCCGUCACCAGGACACUGUCACGGCAGGAGGUGGUGGCAGCCAUGGAGCCUCAUCUGAUGUGAGGCAUUUCCCUCACACACAAUCUCAUACCAGGGAGGCCCGCUAUGUAACGGAACCCUGGAGGGAAUCCUUUUGUAACGUGAGAGCUGUCCCCAGCCAAUUCCUGGAGCUGAGUCGGACCUUAGCCCUGCCCUCUGCUGAAAGCCCUGUGCUGCCACCUGCUGGCUGCCGGGCAGCAAUGCCGCUCUCCGCUGCCGCCCCACCCACCUCCUCCAGCUGGAUCAUCUGGGCCUCCAGGCUCUUCAGGUUCCUCUCAUUCUCUUUGGCCUGGGCCAGGAUCUCCUCACGAGAGGCGCGGGUGUCAUCCAGCUCAUGUGUGCAGUCUUUGACCUGGGCCUGGGGCAGGGACAGAGGCUUGGCGCCCCACCCAGGUCCUUGGCCCUCGACCCUCCACCCCCACCCUUACACGUCAUCUCUCACACAGGGUUGUUGGCUGUGCUCUGCUCGAUAUUUAACCAACUAACCGUGGUGACAGGGAGAAAAAGCAACUGAGGACAAAAAUCUGUGUCCCAUUUCAUAACGCACACUGUUGGUCACUGUGGACGCAAGCCCAGGCUGAGCUUCAUUUUCCACUUCUGUCCCCUCUGUGGGCCGGAGACCUGUGCCCACGGUGCCACCCCUAAUGCGCACCUGCUGCUUCAAACCAGUGCCCAGCCUGGCAGGUGUCCCCACCACAGGCAGGAAACACCUUUCCUUUUGUUACUCACCUCCUAUUCGUUUUAAUGCUAAAGAUUUUUGUCAAAUACUCUUUUUUUCCAUUUGCAGAUAACUCCAAAAACAGAUUCCCCAAGCCAAAGCUCAUGAACGGGUGUGUGCAGCCAGACCACAGCAGCAGAACAUGCCAACAGCAGAGUAUCUGUGCCCCACAACCUUGCCCACAGUUAGCUUUUACAGAUUCUUUUUUGCCCAGGCACAGCAGCUAACGCCUGUAAUUCCAGCACUUUGGGAGGCCGAGGCUGUCAGAUCAGGAGGUCAGGAGUUUGAGACUACCCUGGCCAACACAGUGAACCACUGUCUCUACUAAAAAUACAAAAAUUAGCCAGGCAUGGGGACACACACCUAUAAUCCCAGCUACUCGGGAGGCUGAGGCAGGAGAAUCACCUGAACCCAGGAGGCAGAGGUUGUGGUAACACAAGAUUGCGCCACUGCACUCCAGCCGGGGCAAAAGAGCAAGACUACUAUUUUAAAUCUAGGGUUAUUCUUGCUACAUGAGAUGACAUAUCAGAGCUGUUUUUAUGUGUUCAUUAUUCUUCAAUUAUUGGUGAGGUGAAAAUUUCCAAGUAUGUAUCCCACACUCUAGGCUGCUUCUCGGAACCAUCACGCCGGAGCCCAGAAGGCUGGAGCGUCAGGACGCGGCUGAUGCUGGAGUCUGCACUGGGUGAGGCCUUCUGAACUCCCCCAUGCCUGGGCCUGCACUUGCCUGUUUGCUUCUGCGUUUCAUGUACUCAGCCAUGCACCGUUCUGCAAGUUUGCUGUUGGACUAUUGUUUCCACUCACCUCUGAGCCUGUGUCUCCAUCAGUGAGAUUGGACUGGAACCACCCUGCCAGGUUCCCGCCCCAGCACCCUGGCAUGUAGCUGGCUCAGCUGGGCACUGCCCGCCCUCACCUGACACUUCCGCAUCUGCUCGAUGGCUCUAUCCCGCUUCCUGUUAACCAAGUUGAUGUGCGCCUCCUGGUGCAUCUUCAGCUUCGUCCAGGUGGCCACUGCCUUGGAGUGCCACUUCCUCUCGUCCCCCAGCGCUGCCUUCAUCUCCCGUACCUGGAGGAAGGAAUGCCGACAGCUUGGGAAGCUGGACCCACUCAGAGACCCUGCUCUGGCUCUGAACCCAGGUGCCUCUGCAGGAUCUGCGGGGCCUCCAGAAGCCAGUGGGGAUUACUGACUCUGAUAACAAUAAGAAGGUCCCGCUCAAACUGAACUUUCAUGGCCUGCAGGUUGACCUCAAGCUGCAGAUUGGCAUCUUCAGUGUCCCGCAACUUAUCCUCCAGCUCCUCCAUCUGGGUCUCCAUCUCCUCCACCUGCUGCUUCAGAGCCUGCCUGGACUUCAGCUUAUAGACCUGAGCCCCAGAGAGCCCAAGUCAGGAGCAAAGGGACUGGCAGGGACCUGGGACUGCUAGACCCGGAACGUGUGUAUGUGUUGCCCUCUGUGAUGACCCCGCUCGGGCCCCUCCCAAGGCCUGGCUGCCAGGCCCAGCACUCACGCUCUGGCCCUUGGAGAUCCUGAUGUCCUCCAUCUCCAUGCGGAACUGCUUGUUGAGCUGCUCCAGCUCCACCUUCUGCUCCAUUACUUCCUCCAGGGCCUGGGCCAGCGACAGCGCCUUGGUCUCAUUCUCUCGGGCCUCGGCCUUGGCCCAGUCACGCUCCUCUGCACACUUGGCAGAGAUGGUCUUCUCCUCUGCCAGGAGCUGGGAAAGAGGGGCACCAUGAGGCUCAGCCCCACAGGCUCCGAGCUACAGCCCCCAGCAGGGCAGAGCAGCUGGGCCCAAGCUAAUUUUUGUAUUCUUAGUACAGAUGGGGUUUCACCAUGUUGGCCAGGCUUUCCUCAGAUCUUUUGGAAUAAGGAAGCAAUAUGAGUGCACAAAUAAAUGGUGUAAAUGGCAGGAAAACCACUUGAUUAUAGAAAAUCUGAAAAACGUGAAAACCCAGAAAGGAAAAGUUCCUCCUCAACCCAUGAAGACACUCUCUUCCGCUGGCCUUCUCCCCCAGCCUCUGAACAAGCCAGAGACUAGGGGUCCUCUAAGUGCUGGCCCCACACGACUGCUCCCGCGCAAAAUCUCGAGGGAGCCCAGGGUUUCUCUGAUGAGGCCCUCGUCUUGGGCUGAGUGCUGGAAGGAGAGGAAAUGCAAAGGAUGGGGUGGAUGGCUACACACCUGGUCAAACUUAUUCUGCUUCUCCUGCAGGUUGCACACCCUCUGGCGCUGGUGGUCCAGCUCCUGCUGCAGCCAUGUCUUGGUAUUCUCCAUCUCCUCGUACCGCUGGCUCAGGCCCUCCAGGUCCUCCCGGACCUGCCCCUUCACCUCCUCUGCGGUUUCCAGGCACCCCACACUGUCAAUUCUCUUCUUCAUGUCGGCCACCUGGGCAGGAGCAAGGAGUAAGCAGAUGCCCGAGAUGGCACACACCUGUCCCUGGGGCAGCUAAGAGCCUGCCUGCCACACUGUGAAAGGGGAACCAAGGAUCUGCCCAGUUAUGAAACUGCCUCCCCCAGUCACUUCCCUCUCCAUGGUGGGGGAGACAAAUGAAGUUUCUGCACAAAGGCAUCCAUCUAGUGUUUGAAGCUGCGGGGAGGCUGACUCCUAGGCCCGCUGUGGGGACUCCAAGCCCUCAUCCACACCAAGCCUCUCGCUCUCUGGGGGACCACUCCCCGACAGCAAGGCCAGUGCCCUGUGGGGGUGUACACGGGGUCCCCAUCACUCAGCCCUUGCAUCUGCAGAUAAACCUGCAACCACAUGCGCUCGAAGGCGACUCCUACCCUGACUUUGGAAUGAACUCCCAGCCCAUCCCGAGGUGGGUCAGGCCUUCUGGCCCGCCACGUGGAGGCCUAAGAUAGGAUCUACGACAGGGGCCCUGACAUUAGUCUAGGGACCCCUUGACAGUCUAUAGAGAGGACUAGGGACUCCUUCUCAUGACAAUGUUUCAACAGGCAUGAAAUAAACAUAAGGAAUCACCCAGGCAACCAGUAUAGAGAACUGCAGUUGCCAUCACUCAGGAAGCCAUGUGACGCCAGGUAGCACAUCAGAUAGCAAAUUCAGCGCAGGCCUGGCAAUCACGAGGACAAAGAGCUCAGCCAUGACCCUGAUAGGGUAACUGGCCAUUUCUCCAGGUGACAAGGGCGCAGGGACUGCCAGCACCAUGGCUUGUGACUACGUUCAUAAUGGAAGCAGUGCUACAUUGUAGCUAGACUGGCGAACAUUAAGUGAAAAAUAGCAGUGAAAAUAGUGGUGUCCCCCAUCUAAGUCCACAGACCCGUGGAUUCCUCUCUUAUGGACUCAGGCUAAGAGCACUGACAUAGGACAGCGGGGGGGGUUCCCUAAGAAAGAGGGCAAUGGGCUGGCCCAGCGGUAGGCUGUCCUGCAGUGCCCAGGCCAGCAGCUCUCCUGAUUAUUUAACUGAAAAAAUUCUUUUCAUCCUCCACCUGCUUGAGCUUGGUGCUCAGGCCCAGCUUCUGCCGGUUCUCCUCCUGCAGCAGCUCCUAAUCCUGGGAUGAGAUGAAUGUGGGUGCUCAGGAGAGCAACCUCAUCAUUGUGAGACAGUCACCUUAAGGACCGGCUAAUACAGAAAGGCACUCUAUAUAGAAACAAGAAGUACCAAACCUCAGAGUGCUCAGGUUUCUGAACCCCAGAAACCCCACACCCUACAGAAAAAAAAGGAGCCGGUCCUGCUGAUUCACGGGAUGAUCAUGUAAAGACCUGGUGAAAGCUGGGAGCACGCAGAGACCGCCCCUCCAGGAUGAAAAGGAGAAUGGGCAAUCUGACCAACUCUAGAGCUAAUAGGCAGAGGGGCCUUCCUAAAGGAGUCCACCUUCCAAGAACCUGAAUUUCCAUGGGAUAUUGAGCAAGUCCAUGUUGGCUUCCAAAUACAAAAUUGUUUUUCAGGAAGAAAAUGUUGCUACUGAGAAGUAGGCUCACUACUAGCUUGUCAGUGAUGUCACCUUUUGUCCGACAUCAUCAAUCAGGCCUCAGUUGGUCAUAAGCUCCAGUGACUGGUAGCUGGAGUCCAUGACAGCUGAGGCCGGAUUCACAGCGGCAGUCAAAAAUGAUAGUCCCUUGAUAUUCUAGAAGCCCCAAAGACAUCUCUCUUCAAGACAAACAAAUACAUCUUACCACGUGAGGUGACGUCUCCUCCGGAGGCCCCUGGGUCGUACCCUCCUCCGGGUCUUGAACGGGAGCUAGGAGGAAACAGAGAGACAGUCAGUGCACUGGUGCUGCUGAGGAAUCCCACCAGGAGGCUUGGGGGAUGUGGACCGAAGCUGCAGUGUAUGGAGCUGCGCUGCCGACAAGCAUGGACUGAGCUGCUCAUGGACCACUCUCCUUGGUGUUGAAGGAAGGCAAAGGACAGGGGCACAAAUGAACCAAAGAGCCUUGGGCUUUCUAGCUACGGCAACCUCAUCACUGUGAGACAGUCACCUUAAGGACCGGCUAAUACAGAAAGGCACUUUAUAUAGAAACAAAAAGUACAUUAGGGCUGCCUAGAACCGGGGUGCAAGGUUGGGAAAAACAGAGGGGUGUCUACUAACGAGGUUUCUUUGAGGAGGAAUGAAGAGGUUUUGAAAUUAGAUUGUAACAUGCAUGCAUAGCCUAUAAAUAUAGUAAAAACACCAAUCACCCACUCUAAAUGGGUGAAUCGGGUUGCGGGUCAACUACAUCCCAAUGAAGCCAUGUUCAACAGAGAAUACGUACGGUGGUGAUAUUCACAGGCUGCAUCCUCCUGCAGUAAGAGGGGGGAAAAAAACCAUCGUGAGGAUGAGAUCAUACUGGGUCCCGACUGCACGGGUCUUUUAUUCACUUGGUGGUGUUAGAAAACCAGGUAUCCAACAGUGAUCAAGUCACUGAUCCCCAAAUACAGCCUAGAGGAUGCCUGGAGAAAGGGCUGUGGGUUUCUGUCUUUGGUUUUGGACAGAUUCUUGCUCUGUCACCCAGGCUGGAGUGCAGUGGUAUGAUCUCAGCUCACUGCAACCUCAGCUUCCCGGGUUCAAGCAUUUCUCCUGCCUCACUCAGCCUUCCAAGUAGCUGUGACCACAGGCGCCUGCCACCACGCCCGGCUAGUGUUUGCAUUUAUAGUAGAGAUGGGGUUUCAUUAUGUUGGCCCUGUCUGCCUCAGCCUCCCAAAGUGCUGGGAUUCCAUGUGUGAGCCACCGAGGCAGUAGGUUUUCAUGGGAUAUUGAACAAGUCCAUGUUGGCUGCCAAAUACAAAAUUAUUUUUCAGGAAGAAAAUGUUGCUACUGAGAAAUAGGCUCACCACUAGCUUGUCAGUGAUGUCACCUUUUGACCGACAUCAUCAAUCAGGCCUCAGUUGGUCCUAAGCUCCAGUGACUGGUAGCUGGAGUCCAUGACAGCUGAGGCCGGAUUCACAGCAGCAGUCAAAAAUGAUAGUCCCUUGAUAUUCUAGAAGCCCCAGAAAAAGACAUUUCUCUUCAAGCCAAAGAAAUGCAUCUUACAUGAGGUGAUGUCUCCUCCGGAGGCCCCUCGGUCGUACCCUCCUCCGGGUCUUGAACGGGAGCUAGGAGGAAACAGAGAGACAGUCAGUGCACUGGUGCUGCUGAGGAAUCCCACGAGGAAGCUUGGGGGAUGUGGACCGAAGCUGCAGUGUAUGGAGCUGCGCUGCUGACAAGCAUGGACUGAGCUGCUCCUGGACCACUCUUCCUGGUGUUGACAGAAGGCAAAGGAGAAACGAAAGAGCCUUGGGCUUUCCAGCUACGGCAACCUCAUCACUGUGAAACAGUCUGAGAACCGGUUAACACAGAAAGACACUGCAUGGCUCAGCGAGAGCAUCUCAUCAGACCUGCUGCCCACGUGAAGGUCUAUGCGAAUCCCAACAUUUUAUGAAACUUUACAGGAUUAUUUAACUUCUGUGGAUCUGCAUAUCCUGAUACUACAAUUAUCUAUCCUGUUGUAUUUUUAAAAUAGUAGUAAAGCAUACAUAUUUAUUAUUUGAGUUGUUAACUGUGCAUUUUAAUGCACAACAUUCAUGAUGCUGUGUCAAUAAUGAGAAAAAUCUAAAUUCAUAAUCUAGCUUCCACCUUGGGCAAUGAAAGAAAAACAGCAGUGUAAUGUCAAAUAGAGGAAAAAUACAUAAUGAUUGCAGAAAUUAAAGGAAUAAAAAACAGGAAAUCAUCAGAGAAAAUCAACAAAACCAAAAACUAGUUCUUUGAAAAGAUCAAAAACAUUGAUAAACCUCUACCUUUUCUAUCCAGAAAGGAAAAGAAGGAAGUCACGAUGGAUGCUGGAUGCGUAACUGUAAACACAUCUGUGCUCACACUUGGAUACAUUAUAUGAAAUGAGCUAAUUUUUUGGAUCUGUUUCAGAAGGUUAAAAGUCUUCUCAGGAUAAAUGAAUCAUCUGAAUAGGUCUAUAUUUAAUUUAGAAAUUGAAUCAAUAAUUAGUAUCCUCUCAAAAAAAAAAAAAAAAACAGAAAA